AUGUCGGCAGCACUCUCAUUCCACCCGCUGUACCAGGGCGCCCAGUCUCGAUUGGAGCCUCGCUUCUGCUUCAGGGGAGCUGUAGCUUCAAGAAGAGCCCCACUUUAUCGCAAACGGGUGGACAUUGCCGCCGCCGCCAUCGCAGCUCCCGCGAGCAACGUGGAGGAUGUUGGACUCAAAGAUGCCCCGCUUCGCUCCUUGUAUCCCGAGGAGCCCUCCCGUCCCGAGCCUGGCGCCCCCCGCCUCAAGGUGGCCAUCGUGGGGGGGGGCCUGGCCGGGUUGUCCACGGCGGUGGAGCUCCUCGAUCAGGGGUACGAGGUGGACAUCUACGAGUCGCGGCCCUGGAUCGGGGGAAAGGUGGCCAGCUUCAAGGACAAGGAGGGGAACCACAUCGAGAUGGGACUCCAUGUCUUCUUUGGCUGCUACCAUAACCUUUUCCGCCUGAUGGCCAAGUGCGGGGUGCUGGAGAACCUGCUGGUCAAGGAGCACACCCACAAGUUUGUCAACGCGGGUGGUGACGUGCGGAAUCUGGACUUCCGCUUCAACGUCGGGUCGGCCAAGAUUGGCGCACCCUUCCACGGGCUCAAGGCCUUCUUCACCACGCCGCAGCUGUCCACGGUGGACAAGCUGUCCAACUCCCUGGCCCUGGGCACCUCGCCCAUAGUGCGCGCGCUGUUUGACCCCGAGGGCGGCAUGCAGUCGGUGCGCCGCCUGGACGGCAUCUCCUUCGCCGACUGGUUCAGGAGCCACGGCGGUAGCCAGGGAUCUAUAGACCGAAUGUGGGACCCCAUUGCAUACGCGCUGGGUUUCCUGGACUGCGAGGACAUCUCGGCGCGGUGCAUGCUCACCAUCUUCCAGUUCUUCGCCACCAAGACAGAUGCCUCCGUGCUGCGCAUGCUCAACGGCUCGCCUGCGGACCGCCUGCUGCGCCCCAUCACAGACUACAUCACCGCCAAGGGGGGACGGCUGCACACGCGGUGGGGGUGCCGCGAGGUCCUGUACGAGACUGACGCCGAGGGGGCGCCCACCAGGGUCAAGGGCCUGCGCAUGUCCAAGGCCGACAGCGAGAAGACGGUGACGGCGGAUGUCUAUGUUGCGGCGCUGGACGUGCCGGGGGCAAAGCGGCUCAUCCCCCAGGCCUGGCGGCGGGACCCCUUCUUCGACAACAUUUUUCAGCUGGAAGGCGUUGCGGUCAUCACGGUGCAGCUGCGCUACGACGGCUGGGUCACCGAGCUGAGGGAGGCCAGCAACAAGGGCGAGGAGCCCGCUGGGCUGAACAACCUGCUGUACAGCGCCGACGCGGACUUCAGCUGCUUUGCUGACCUGGCGCUGACGUCCCCCGUGGACUACUUUAAAGAGGGGCAGGGAUCGCUGAUGCAGUGCGUGCUGACCCCGGCAGCCAAGUACAUGCCGAUGGAGAAUGCGGAGAUCGCAGCUGCCGUCGACGCGCAGGUGAAGAAACUGUUCCCAUCGGCAGCUUCCCUGCAGCUCCAAUGGCAUUCCAUUGUGAAGAUCGGCCAGAGUCUAUACCGGGAAGCGCCCGGCAUGGAUGUUUUCCGCCCCGACCAGAAAACCCCCAUCCCAAAUUUUUACUUGGCGGGGAGCUACACCAAGCAGGACUACAUCGACUCCAUGGAGGGCGCAACCCUGAGCGGGCGUCAGUGUGCCUACAAGAUCCUGGGGAACGCACCGGAGCUGCUGGAGGCCCGCCCCCAGCAGGCCCCAACUCAGGAGGCACAGCCAGAAGCUGUUGGCGUCUAA